ACAGCAGCACAGAGAGAGAAACGCAAUAAUCACCGCAACCCUGGUCAUCUACGCUUACCUGCUUCUUCUUCAUCAGUUUCCUUCCUGAGAAAAAGAAAAAUGGUGCUGGCGGUUCUUCCUCUCUUGGGCCCCAUCUCAGUGUCUGAGAGUCUCGUGGCCAUGAUAUCCAUCUGCGUGGUCUACCUCCUGCUCCAGAUGACACGUUCCAAAAUUCCUGUGGGCCUCCAGCCAGUCCCGGGUCCCAAACCCUUACCGCUGAUCGGAAACGCACUCGAUUUGGGACGCAACCCUCACCUAAGCCUAACAGCCAUGAGUAAACGAUACGGCCCAAUUUUCAAAAUCCAGAUUGGCACACGUCCCGUGGUGGUGCUGGGCGGAAACGAGGUUGUGCGCCAGGCUCUCAUUAAGAAGGGCGAGGACUUCGCUGGACGUCCUGACCUCUACAGCUUCCGCUUCAUUAACGAUGGGAAGAGUCUGGCGUUCAGCACCGAUCAGGUUGGCAUCUGGCGUACGAGGCGCAAACUGGCCCUCAGUUCUCUUCGGUCCUUCGCGGGGGUAAAGGGUUCGAACAGCGAGUACUCCUGUGCCCUGGAGGAGCACAUCAGUAAGGAGGCCCUGUACCUGCUGGAGAGGCUGCUUGGAGUCACUGAGAGCUCUGCUGGCUUCGAUCCAUUCAGGCACAUCGUCAUGUCUGUGGCCAACGUAAUCUGUGGAAUGUGUUUCGGCCGACGGUACAACCACGACCACCAGGAGCUGCUCAACCUGGUCAACCUCAGCGAUGAGUUUGGACAAGUGGUGGGUAGCGGAAACACGGCCGAUUUCAUCCCAAUCCUGCGCCUGCUGCCCAGCAAGACCAUGACCAAGUUUCUGGACAUAAACAGAAGAUUCAAUUUGUUUAUUCAGAGGAUCGUCAACGAGCACUACAGCACAUUCGAUAAGAACAACAUUCGUGACAUUACAGACUCUCUUAUCGAUCAUUGCGAGGACAGAAAACUGGACGAGAACUCGAAUGUGCAAGUGUCUGAUGAGAAGAUCGUUGGAAUCGUGAACGACCUGUUCGGAGCUGGUUUUGAUACGAUCAGCACCGCCCUGUCGUGGUCCGUCAUGCAUCUAGUGGCUUAUCCAGAGAUCCAGGAGCGACUGCACCAAGAACUCAUGGUGAAAGUUGGAACGGAUCGAAUGCCUCGUCUGACCGAUAAAACCAGCCUGCCGUACCUCGAGGCUUUUAUAAUGGAGAUCUUCCGUCACUCGUCCUUCCUUCCAUUCACAAUCCCACACUGCACCACGAAGGACACGUCGCUGAACGAUUACUUCAUUCCUAAAGACACGUGCAUCUUCAUCAACCAGUGGCAAAUCAACCACGAUCCGGAUCUCUGGAAGGAUCCGUCCGUGUUUAACCCCGACCGCUUCCUGACCGCCGACGGCACCGAGCUCGACAAGACCGAGAGCGAGAAGGUGAUGAUUUUUGGUUUGGGCAAACGGCGCUGCGUGGGCGAGGCCAUCGGCCGCUCAGAGGUCUUUCUGUUCCUGGCCAUCCUCAUCCAGAGGCUAAAGUUCAGCAGCCUGCCCGGGCAGACGCCAGACAUGACGCCCGAGUACGGGCUCACCAUGAAGCACAAACGCUGCCUGCUGCGCGCCACCCUGCGACCCGGGUUCAAAGUGUGAAGAUCCGGUGUGAGGCGAAGGUCCCGAGUUCAGGGAAGUUAAAAAAGAACUGUGACGUGUUACUGCAGACGAGAACUGGCUAUGCUUAAACGCAGGUUCAUGUUUAGAAUGCCAUCGCUAAGCUGGUGAAAACACAAGAUUGUAAAUAUAAAAAUUCAUCUUGUGAAAUUCACAGAAAUUUUUGUACUCUGAGAAAUUCAGAUGAACCGUGUCUGUAUCUCAGGUACCUGCUGCAGGGUGUGUGUGUGUGUGUGUGUGUGAGUGUGUGUGUGUGAGUGUGUGAGUGUGUGUGAGUGUGUGUGUGUGUGUCAGUGUGUUUAAGUGUGUGUGAGUGUUUAAGUGUGUGUGUGUGUGUGCGUGAGUGUGUGUGUGAUGUAUAUUUUUAUAGCUCAGCUAGCAUGACGCUUGUUUUGGUGUAAGCUAUACUAGUUUAGCCAGCGUGUUUGUACUCUCAAAACUACUGAUGGUUCUCACCACUGUAGUAAAAUGAACGUUAUGAUUUUAUUUCUCGUGAGCCACAUGCUCUGUUCCAUGAUAAACACUGAAGUUUUUGUCCCAGAAUGUGAGUGAGAUUUGAUCCUCUGUACUUCUGUCAGGUUUUAUCUGGAGUUUAUGAAUCGAAGCCGUCGGAGGAAAAGCUUUAGAUAAAACCACGAGUCCAGAGCUGAAAUAUUAAAGACGUCAGGUAGUCAUGAACUGAACAUGGAUAAAUAUCAUGAUUAGAUGCUAACUGUGUGUUUGUGUUUAUUAUGAAUAAUGAAGGAAGAGACUCUGAAUUGUUUGUAACCUCUGAACAAUCGCUCGCUAAUAUGAAUAAAUAAUUGCUGUAAUUUUGCUCUCUUGUAUUUUGUACUUUUUUGCCAAAAAUAAAACUUUGAGUAAAAGAA